AUGAGGUUAGAAGAUCAAUUGGUACAACAGGGUAUAAAGGGUCCUAAUCUCCGCAUCACCCGGCACCCCACAGCUCAACCCUCUGUCUCCUCACGCGCCGUCAAUCCCUCGGAGGAGCUACAUCUUCAGCUGCGGAAGCUGAGGGUGACGCUAGAUUUGGAAGCCGAUCGCCACCGUGAGGAGCAGAUCGGAAGGAGGAAAACGAGGAUGCGUAGUGGAAGUUGCGGGGGUCUUGGGGAGGACGGGGAAGCACAAGAGCAGGAUAUGGCUGGUAGAAGGAACAACAAUAACGGAGAGUUGGGCGGUCAGAACAACCAGUUUCUACAAGGACUUACUGCACUUCUACAUGAGCAGAACCGCAUUCAUGGGGAACAGAUUCAACAAAUACUGCAGGCUAGGGAGCAGGGGAGCACCCCCAGACGUUCUACACCUAGUACGCAACCGGUCUACAAGCAGUUUCGGGAGCUUGGACCGACGGAGUUUAAAGGCACCACAGACCCAAUCGCGGCAGAGGGAUGGAUACGGUCUCUGGAAACGAUAUUUGAUUUCAUGCAGCUCACAGAUGCGGACAAGGUCAGGUGUGCGAUAUUCAUGCUCCGGGAUGAUGCUCGGGUAUGGUGGGAGAGUGCGCGGCUGACUGUAGAUCUGACUCUUUUGACUUGGGCUGAUUUUAAGGAGGUAUUCUAUGGGAAGUAUUUCACAGUUGACAACCGGACACGACUGGCACGGGAAUUCUUGGAGCUUCGUCAGGGAGAUAUGACGGUGGCAGAGUAUGUCAGGAGGUUCGAGAGAGGACGCUAUUUCGUACCUAUGAUUACCAGUCAACCAGUCAAAGAAUUGAAGCACUUCACCGAAGGGUUGAGGCCGGCUAUUCGCCAUGACGUCAGGUUGAGUCGGGUCAUCACAUUCAGAGAGGCAGUUGACCAAGCAUUGAUGUCCGAAAGAGACAGAAAUGACAUGGUCAGGGAAGCUCAGAACAAGAGAUUGAGUUAUCAGGGACGGGAUCAGCAGGAGCCGGGAAAGAAGAGGUCAGUUCCGGGUCAGAAUCCAGGAAAACAGUCGUUUAACCAGGCGCAGUCGCGGCAGCAAAUUCACAAGACACAAGCAGCUGAAGGCACUGGUGUCAGGGCUGAAAACAAGGUUCGUUGUUCCAAAUGCGAGAAGAUCCACGCUGGCCAGUGUUUAACGGGUACAGAUGCUUGCUAUAUGUGUAAGAAGUCAGGAUACUUCGCAAGAGAAUGUCCACUGCUCAAGGAGCCAACCAAGGGGAGAGUAUUUGCGAUGACUCAAGAGCAGGUGGACCUGGACACAGCUAUUAUCACAGGUAUGAUUUAUAUUGCCAAUAUUCCAGCCCGUGUAUUAAUAGAUUCCGGAGCUACACAUUCCUUUAUAUCUGAGGAUUUCCUCACAAAACUGGGCAUUAUACCUGAACGAAUGGUUGCGGGAUACAGUGUUUCAUUACCGUCAGGGGAGGAAUUGCAUAGUAACAGAAUGGUAAAGAACUGUCAGAUGAUGAUGCAAGAUCAUAUGGUGGGCGCGAGGUGCAUUGUGUUGGAAAUAAUAGAGUUUGAUGUGAUCCUUGGCAUGGACUGGCUGGUUCAGCACGAUGCAGUCAUCGAUUGUAAACAGCGGACGGUUAAGUUGAAGCUACCAAAUGAAAAACUCCUCAUUUUUCAAGCAGCUUCACAGAUAGUUGUACCCCACAUGAUCUCCAUGUGCAAAGCUCAACGAAUGCUAAGCAAGGGAUGUGAGGGGCUCUUAGUUCACAUCUCGGUUAAGUCGGGGACACAACGACCAAGUUUGGAGGAAGUGGAAAUAGCCCGAGACUUCUCAGAGGUGUUUCCAGCGGAUGUUAUAGGUCUACCCCCGACUCGGGAGGUGGAAUUCGGAAUAGAACUAGUACCGGGGACUACACCGGUGUCAAAAGCACCCUACCGAUUGGCGCCUACCGAAAUGAAAGAGUUGAAGGGGCAGUUGCAGGAAUUGCUGGACAAGGGUUUUAUACGACCAAGCGUGUCACCAUGGGGAGCCCCGGUGUUAUUUGUACGCAAGAAAGAUGGGACCAUGCGACUGUGCAUCGAUUACCGGGAGCUGAAUCGAGUGACAAUCAAGAACAAGGUAUCAUCAGAUGAAGGUAAAGGAGGCAGAUGUGCACAAAACAGCAUUCAGAACCCGAUAUGGGCAUUACGAGUUCCUGGUUAUGUCAUUCGGACUCACAAAUGCCCCAGCAGCAUUUAUGGACUUGAUGAAUCGGAACAUCGUCUGCAUUUAACCACGGUGCUACAGACGUUGAAGGAUCAUCGUUUGUAUGCCAAAUUUAGCAAGUGUGACUUUUGGCUGAAUCAGAUUCCAUUUCUAGGGCACAUUGUCUCAGGAAACGGGAUAGAAGUAGAUCCGGCCAAAGUUGAGGCAAUCCGGAAUUGGGAUAUGCCAAAGAAUGCUUCUGAGAUACGGAGUUUCUUGGGGUUGGCAGGUUAUUAUCGAAGGUUCAUCCAGAAUUUUUCCCAGAUUGCCUUGCCGCUGACCUCUCUGACUAAGAAGGGGGUAAGAUAUGAAUGGACAGAUCGGUGCCAGAAAAGCUUUGAGGAGUUGAAAGGAAGAUUGACGACGUCACCAGUGCUUACGAUCCCGGAUGGUUCUGGACGGUUUGUGGUGUACACUGACACCUCCAAAACUGGAUUGGGAGCUGUGCUAAUGCAGAAUGGGAAGGUCAUUGCGUAUGCCUCACGUCAGUUGAAGGUACAUGAGCAAAACUAUCCCACCCAUGAUUUGGAGCUAGCGGCGGUUAUAUUUGCUCUAAAGAUCUGGAGGCACUACCUUUACGGGGAACGAUGUGAGAUCUACACAGACCACAAGAGUUUGAAAUAUUUUUUCACACAGAAGGAGUUGAAUAUGAGACAGAGACGGUGGCUGGAGUUGGUGAAGGAUUACGACUGUAACAUCAACUAUCAUCCGGGUAAGGCUAACGUGGUAGCUGAUGCUUUGAGCCGCAAAUCCGCUAUGUUGUCGCAACUAACCAGCCAACAACAGUUGAUAUCGGAAUUCCAACGAUUGAAUUUGGAGGUAGUAGCGCCAAGGGAGCAGCUUAAAUUGUCAGCAUUGAUCGUAAAGUCAAAUUUACUAGAUCAGAUCCGGGAAGGAUAG